AAGAAUACAAGGAUUGCAGAUAUAUUGAUAAUAAUCCAGCGUGUUGCUUUUCGGAGCUUCGUCGAGCCCCUAUCAGAUCACAUUGCGCCUAUUCUUUCCCGUCGGCACUUGGAUAGACGUGGUGCGUAGUUCCUUUUUUGAAAACGUGGACGUGGAGCGCUAGUGUACGGGGGAGAUCGCCGGUCCCACGCAAAAGGUCGGCGUGGUCGCUGGUGGCCGCUCUCACGCUUCUCUCCGGUGGAGCUGUGGAAGCCGUUAAUACGUAGUCGAUCUGAGCCACCUUCUGGUCAAGUUGAGUUCGGGGAGUCGAAUACGCGCGCGUAUUCGGGAUAACUGACGACGUUGAGCGCAUUCCGCCCGGUUGGCCCGGUUCACUUAAAUCGCUCGUCAAGAGCGGUGAUUAACCGAUCCAGGUGGAUUCCGAGGAGAUAAUCCAGAAACACUUUUGCCAUGGUUAACGUUAACGCGAGGGUAUUCUUCGACGUCGAGGUCGGCGGACUGCCGAUGGGCAGGGUAGUCUUCGAGCUGUUUUCAGACACCUGUCCCAUAACAUGCGAGAACUUUCGCGCGUUGUGUACCGGAGAGAAGGGACUUGGGAAAACGACGGGCAAGCCGUUGCAUUAUAAAGGCAUCGUUUUUCAUAGGGUCGUUAAGGAUUUUAUGAUUCAAGGGGGAGAUUUUUCGAUAGGUAAUGGGACGGGUGGCGAGUCGAUUUACGGUGGUACAUUUGCAGAUGAAAAUUUUAUUAUGAAACAUAACAAACCAUUUUUGUUGUCAAUGGCGAAUCGCGGUAGAGAUACUAACGGCUCACAAUUUUUCAUUACAACACAACCAGCGCCUCACCUCGACAAUGUCCAUGUGGUUUUUGGAGAAGUAGUGUCUGGGCAAGAGAUCAUUACGCAUAUUGAAGGACUUCCAGUAGACCGAAUGUCGCGUCCGUUGCAAGAUGCUAAGGUUGUAAACUGUGGCGAAUUAAUCUUAAAGAUUAAAAGUAAAGUAAAGAAACGAGAAGCGAAACAAAGUAGUUCGGCAGAUUCCGAGUCCGAUUCUUAUCCCGAUAAAUCGAAGAAGAAAAAGAAGAGCAAGAAAAGUAAAAAGAGGGCGAAGUCGGAGGACGGUGAAAUUCGGGAUUCUAACGAGGAAGACGAUGGGCAGCCCCAUCCGCUAGUAUCCGUUACCAAAAUUGAUCCCGACGAAAUUCCGGAAGUGCCGGCAAAUAAAUUCUUAUAUAGAGCAGGAUCCACCAAUAAUGCAAAUCAGAAGGAGUUUAGACAGCAUUACGGAAGAGAUCGCGUACGAUCUCAUAGAAAGACUGGUCGCGUUUUCAAGGGUAGAGGAAUAUUCCGAUAUCAUACUCCUUCUCGAAGUCGUUCCAGAAGUAUGACACCACCUCAUUGGAAACAAGCUCAAAAUCGUACUAUUAAAUUACACGAAUUUCAGAAAAUAGAGAAAGAGCGUGUCAAGAAAGAAGAAGAUUUCAAACAACGUGAAACCGACAGAAUUAAAAGAUUCGUCGAGAAUCCCGAUGAAAAUGAUCAAAUGCCAGAUUUGGAUAGCAAUGUAUUCACGACGGAAUUAAUGGAGAACAAAGAGAACGACCAGACAGACGAAGCAACUGCUAUAUUACAGGACGAUAAUAACGUGAAGAGAAACGCGGAGGGAAACGACGUUAUGCAGAACAAGGAGAUUAAGCACAAUAAAAAUGAGAAAUCGUUCAAACGCGACGCCAACCGUUUCUACAAUGACAGAAAUUCCCGACGUGACUCCAAGGAUAGAAGCAGGAGACGCGGACGUUCCCGGUCGAGAGAUCGUCGAAGAUCCAGAGAGAGGGACUACGAUCGUAGGGCUAGUCGUGAUAGGAGGAAUCGGAGAAAUUAUUCUCCUCGUAGACGAGAUUCCUACAGACCCAACAGGCCCGGAAGAGAUAAUUACAGACACUACGAUAAGCGCAACGAUCGACGUCGAAAUAAUUCCCAUCAGGACAACGAUACCAACUCCCGCUACGACAAGAACAAGUAUAAAAGGAGUGAUAACACAUCGGACGCGAGCCAGGCGAAAUUUAAACGCCGUUCGCGGUCAAACAGCUCCAGUAGCCAGCACUCCAAAAAUUAAUUCGCGUCGCGUUUCACAUUCUCCCUUUCGCUUAUAAACACCAACGAAGUACUAUUAAAAAUAAAAUUUAUAACUGUCAUUAAAAAUUAAUACGAAUAUCUGAACGAUUAGCUUAUAAUGCAGUACUUUAUUAUUAGUUGUUUCAUAGAUAAGCAUACAUAAUGAUAGAAGUGUUCAUGUUGCUUGAAAUCCUUAACAAAUUUUUAGGGCUUGAAAUAUAUAUUCGGGCGUUGGAAAAAGAGAAAGCAGAGGGGCGGGGAGGAAAAAGAGAGAAAGUGAAGAUUCUAAGUGCACAAGUAAGCAAUACGAAAGAAACCUAUUUAUCUGGAUAAUGAUAAAACAUAAAAUUAUAUUAUUAAUACUGCAUUAUCUAAUCGUCCAAAUAUUGGCAAUCACGUCUUUUAGAUAAUCUGUCUGAUACCUCGCCAAUGCUACUGAGCACUAAUACUAUGAUCAUAUUAUCGAUGUACAAUCACCAACAUAUUAUUAGUUUACGAAUCAAUAAUAAUGCCAUAAUAAUGCUGGAGCAAUA